AUGAAACUAUCAAUCACCGUACUGUCAUCAAUCCUUGCUGUCUGCUCGGUUACGAUUGCCAAUCCAGUUGAUCCCAGUUCGACCAUGAGUGCUGAAGCUAGCACUCCGACAGCCUCUUCAAGCGGAGCUUCAGCUGAUGGAUCUGACUCUCCAAAAUCUCCUAGCUUAUAUAAAUUUAAGAAAUAUUGCGGUCAACUCGAUGCUACUGAAGUGUCGUUGAUCGAAGAAAUUGCAAAAGCUCGGGUUAAAUCUACGAAAGUGUUUAGACUACUUGAAGACAGACGUUUUGAGCUUGCUAUUCGAGAAGGAUUGGGUGUUAGAAAGAAGGAAAAGCUCAAUAGUAUGAGUCAAGUUCCGAGUCGGAAAUUGAGUUCUGCUAAAGCCAAUUAUGAGGAGUUUCGUCAAAUUUGUGAAGGAACCAAAUAUACUAUGCAUGACUACGCUUCGAAACUUUCGCAUAAGAGGAAAGAAAUUAGAAAAUUAACAAAAAAACUUACAAGCCAUUCUUCGUUUGGAGUAUCACCGGAUGAUGAUUAUAGUCCACCAAAAUCACUUUACGGAUAUCAGGAUUGCCUUAAGUAUUUCUACAAUCGCUUGUCACAAUGCUUGCCACAAUCCGAGCAUGAUGCAACUUUUCAAGAUUCUGGUGUUCAGCAACAAACUUUUCAAUCAUAG